CUGUUGACCGUGAACCGUGGAGUGCAGCUCUGACACGAAUUACCUGGACACACGCUGUUUCCUUGAACAUCAGCCAUGGCGAGCCUACUUUUCCACUUGCUGCAUUUGUUCCUGGUGCUGGAGUCCAGCUGGGGGAAACUCGUGUCCGAGGAUCUUGGAGUAGCCGCGCGUCAAGGUGCCGUCGUGGAUGCACCGGCUGCGGAUCGGCGCGUCUUUGCGCACGAGAGCGCGAACCGGGACAUGGUCUCCAUCAACAUGUUCAAAGUGUACGAGAGGUACAGUGAAGAGCCGCAGAGCCAGAGGGACGGAAACACCGUGAGAAGUUUGAAAGCUGUCCCGAGUGUUUCACACGGCAAAGAAGUGUUCCAGUUCGACCUGUCCUCCAUCCAAGACUCCGAGCUCAUCCUCUUUGCAUCCUUCCACUUCCUCUACAAGCGACAGCGCCACCACCAGCGACCGUGGCGUUUCCGACGGCCUCGCCACCCGUCCGGCAGCCUCCAGCAUUCCCAUCCUUCCUCCCCACAGCUCCUCUUCCGUGGAUCAUCCCCAAACUCGGCUUUUGCAGCGCCACUGGGAAACAUAACUCUGGCUCCUUUCAAGAAAGGCUCUUGGCAAUCGAGGGACGUGACGGCGGUGGUGAAACAUGCCAGGGACGUCAAAGAGCUUGUGGUGACAGUGGAGUUUGAUAUGGAGUUUGGGGCGGCUCGCAUGCAGCAGAGGAGCCCUCAUGGCCAAGAGCGCCUCUCUCCAGCCAAUCUGCCGUAUAUUCUUGUAUAUGCUGAUGAUCGAGCUAUAGAUGAGCCAAACAGUGUGGCCAUGUCACUCCAGCGGUACGGGCCUUUCCCUGUAGGUGAUGACACGUCCUCCACAGCCUCAACCUCAAGAAUUCGGAGGGAGCUCCAUCUCCAGAUGCAAACAAACGACAUCCCAGAGGUUCAGUUCAACUCCUUGAAGAAUCAUGAACUUUGGCAGAACACGUACUUUCCAGCUAAAGCCAAAGUGGCGGUCAAACCAGGAAGGAAGCAGGGUCAGGAAAAUAACGAGGGCCUGAGUAAGCCACAGGUGCUAAGCUUCGAUGAGAGGACGAUGAAAAAGGCAAGGAGGCGGCAGUGGAGCGAGCCCAGGGUUUGCUCCAGGAGGUACCUCAGGGUCGACUUCGCUGACAUCGGCUGGAGCGAGUGGGUUUUGGCGCCGAAGUCUUUUGACGCAUACUUCUGCGCCGGGACCUGUGGGUUCCCCAUCCCUAAAGUGGUGAGGCCUUCCAAUCACGCCACCAUCCAGAGCAUUGUCAGGGCUGUGGGUAUCGUCCCCGGCGUGCCUGAGCCGUGCUGCGUUCCGGAGAAGAUGAGUCCCCUCAGCGUGCUCUUCCUCGACCCGAGCAGGAAUCUGGUUCUCAAGGUUUACCCCGGCAUGUCUGUGGAAACCUGUGCCUGUCGGUAGGGCUGGAGCGAUGGAAGAUAUAUGUUGGACACAACAGGCAGGGAGACGCUUUUAAAAUCGAUGGACCGAUGUGACGAGACACACAAACUGAGACUGGAUCUGAAGUGACAGGACUGUGACAGCCAUCGUUCCAGAGUCACUGUCUGUUUCUUUGAGCUCUCUGGACUGAUUUGGUGUUCACCCUGGUUUGACUUUUUCUCAGCUUUUUCCUCCUUAUGCAACAAAUUUCCAUGCAGUCCAUUUAUUUUCUCCCUCCUUCAAAGAUGAGCAUUUAAAAACCUGUUUAUAAUUCCUUGUAUUGGGUUUCAUACAGAGCUCCUGCAGGUUCAUUUCUAUAGAUUCUUAAAAAGCUUUUUCAGCCAGUUUUUUUUUUUGGGAAGAUUUAUUAAGUCAUAUUUGAUCUUGGAGAGGAUUUGAUUUGCUCUGAUCUCAGUCUGGAAACCUCUGGACACCUCUGGACCUGCUUUUGGAAUCUACUCCACUUGACUCCAGCCCUGCCUGAGAAACCUACACCACCCUUUUCGACUCGUAUUUGAGCCCAGUGGAAGAUGAUCUGGGUAUCAAACACUGAAGCCUUCAGACAUCAGUAUGUGUCUUUCCAAUUCAGGACAGACGUUUGGACAAAUCAACGGACUGCGCAAUGACUCAGACUCAGGUGGUUGAAACACAUUAACCAGCUGUUGACGUGUAAAUACUGCAGAUACUAACACAAACUAAAUGGUAUCUGUCUUAAAGUGAUGUGUCACUCCAUGUGACACUUGGAUGUGGUUGAACGCCCCUAAAUAUAAGCAAAGAUUGUUAUUCAUGCAUGAGUGUUUGAAAUAUAUAUGUAUCUUGUAUAUAAUGAGUAUUUCGUCACUGAGAGUUUUAACAACACAACCAUUGUUUCUGAUACAGUGAAGAUAAGAAAAUAAUGGUGCAUUGCUGCCCCCUGCUGUGCAUUUUGGGAAAAGGAAGGGGACACAGUUUCAAGUCAAACAUUGAAAUUCUUCCUGUGAAUAUGCAAUAGUUCCACUUAUCUGUUUUUCUAAUAUUAUAAUAAAUGUACAGUUUGGAUUAUGUACAGUACUGAUCAAAGAUUUCCAUAGCAACUAGAAAGGGAUAAAUGUAAACAACCCUAACUGUAUUAAAAGCGUAGUGGGGUAGUUGUGUGUGAUGUGUGUUUUCAGAAACCGCAGACAACGUGUGCUUGAUAAGGAAAAUAAACUGAAUUAUACAUAGAAGUAUACAUAGAAUUUAUUUUGUUUUACUGAAAAAAAACAAUAUAAAGCAGAGGCAGAUGUGUACAGAU